UCUGGCCCUUUAAGUGCAGGAUAAAGACAGACUGGUCAGUGCGCUCCAUUGCCGCGCUUGGGAUUUUAUUUAGCGUUUUCUAUGGGGCUGUUGUCCGCAAUACUCAUGUAUUAUAUGUUCUAUUAAUCAACCGUUAUGAGGAAAAUACGUGUUUGAGAUGAGAAACAUUCUGCAGGGGAAAGUGACGCGGUGUUCGUUUGACUGAUUUUUCGUGCGUAAUACACUCCGGUGGUGGUUCACUCCAGUCCUGUCAGGGAGGGGAAGCACUAGCGCCUGACUUCCUACCGUUAUUGUUGUUACAGGAUGUCCUGAAGCUCAGGCAGGGUCCACUCAUUUUACCCAGAGGACUUCACACCAACAAGCCAUGGAGGACAAGCGUAAGAAGCGGAGCCCCAAAGUGUCUCUCCCCCAGCCCCCUCCUCCCCCGGUCAACCCCCGUAAGCUCUCAGUCCUCCCCUCCAGCAAGAGUGCCACCUUCUCCCUUGGCCUCCCCCAACCCCCCUCCCCAAAAAACAGAGGCAAGUUCAAGAGGUCCAUUGGGGCAGCAGGACAGUCCAAAGAUGUGCUCAGUGUGGUCGUAGCAGCUCCACCAAAGACCACAAGGCCUCAUAAGGAGAAGGCCAGGGCUCCCCAGCCCGCAGGGCCCAGUAAGGUGGCCCAAUCCUCCCCACUGCAGCACUCCUUCCUCACGGACGUCUCUGAUGUGAGAGAGAUGGAGGGAGGCCUCCUCAACCUGCUCAAUGACUUCCACUCCGGAAAACUGCAGGCCUUUGGGAAGGUGUGCUCCUUUGAGCAGCUGGAGCAUGUGCGUGAGAUGCAGGAGAAGCUUGCACGGCUACACUUCAGUCUGGACAGCCAUGUGGAGGAGCUGUCAGAGGACAAGAGGAAGUGUGCCUCCGACCACAACCUGGAGCACCUCCUCUGCAAUCUGGAGGAACUCAGCAGCUCAAUACAAAAACUACACCUGGCUGAAAACCAGGACCUGUCCAAGACUUCUGGACCUUGACGAGGGAGAUUAGGAUGACAGAUUGCUCAUCAUCCCAUGACGACGAGGAAAGGUUGCCAUUAUAUUGAUCCAACUGCCUUAGCACCAAAACUGGGCCACAUAGAGCCCCUGGUUAGAUAAAGAUUUAUAUAUGAUUGAUUCAAUCAGGUGUCAACUGUCAAGCACAUCAACUGUGAUCUAGCGAUAAAUACUCCACAUUCAUAGCACAAGUUCUGCUUAUUUUAGUUAUAGCACUGUACUGUAGUCUACAUCUUUUGUCAAGGAAUAUUCCGAAAGUAAAAAAAUAGCCUUUGAACUUAUACUUGUAUAGAGUGCAGCGGCAGGAUAUGCUACUGAAUCCUGUUAUUUGUGUGUGUGCACAUCUGUAAAGGGGACAAGAUAUCCACCAUCUUUAUCCAACUCUCUAUUUCAGAGGCACACAUACUUUAUAAUCUAAGGGAGAAAGGUUGCUGUAAUGCUAGGCAUUGAUAUUGUGCAUUUUCUCAUUAAUCGUCAUAUGAUCAUUUCUUUACUGAAAUUAAGGACAUCAUUAUAUAUCUUUGAUUGCUGAAUAUACAGUGGGGAAAAAAAGUAUUUAGUCAGCCACCAAUUGUGCAAGUUCUCCCACUUAAAAAGAUGAG